CAAUUAUAUUAGGAAUACCACCACUCGUAAUUGCAGUACUUCUGUUAGACCAAAAAGAAACUUUAGUAAAUAUAAUUGAAGAAAAUAACUUAGUUGUUAAGUAUUUAAAUCAUGUCAGAGCAAAAUUAGUUAGAUUAUAUUUUGAUAGUGCUCCUCAUAAUUGGAAUUGGUUAGGUAGAACAUAUUUUACUAAUUACGAAUUUCAAAAUAAGUUAGGAUUAAUUAAGGAAUCAGAAUCAAUCCUUUUAAAAAAGUUUCCUCUCGACCUACACUUAUUUGAAAAUAAAUUACCACUUUUAAGUAGAACAGAUUUUUAUCAUUAUAUAAAAAAAGGAUGUAAUAUGCAUAAUUCUGGUACACAUAUUGUACCAAUUGGCAAUUAUGUAAUGUCAACUGAACAUCUUUGGCAAUUAUAUAAUAUCUAUGGAGGAAAGUUCAGGCUCACUACUGAUAUAUUAAAUCCCAAAGACAAACAAUCUGAUGAACUUGCUGAACAGUUUUAUUCAUCACGUAUCUUAAGAG